AUGGCGACUUCCUUUCAAGCACACCAAACCUCUGAUGGGAAAUCAACCUCCUCUAAGAUCGAGCAGUCUCUUCAGCAAGGUCCUAAGCUGCUUACGCUCUACCUUCUAUGUGCUAUACUCCUUUUCUCGUGCGUGGAAAGCCCGGUUAUCGAGAACCAGCGGCUAGUCCUCGGGGAGAUGCUAUCGUGGGGGGAGGAAGAUUGGGGACUGGAGCUCCAGCGCAUAGAGAACUCGACCGAUUAUUAUCUAGCUAUGCACAGCUAUCUCCAAAGCAUCCCCCAGUUCAAAGAUGACAGCCUUCAGGAGGGUGAGGUGGGAAAACAGCACAGAAGCCUGGCCGCCGGGAUCCAACGCAUGUCAGCGAAUGCAGUGAUACAGCCGGCUAAUCCGAAAGACGAACGUUUUUCUGCCUUACAAAACCUCAUAAUGCUUUGCGCUGGGAUUGGGUGGUUCGCGGCUCUACCAGAGGCAACGGGGGCUCUUCGAUUAAUGGUGAAGAAUAGUACCAUCCAGGCAGCUUAUAAGUCACCUCUAUAUAAAGGUGUUAAAGGGUCGGCCGAAGAACAUCUUGAUAGCCUUCUCUUGUUUCUGGAGCCAGACGAAGAGAGGCUGCGGUUGAAUGGGGAUCCUGAUACACAAGAAGGUGGACGUGUUCGUGGGGAGAAGAGGCCAAGCCCCUGCCCGGCGUGUGACGAGAGGCCUGCAAAGAGGUAA